AUGGGCUGGGAUGAGGCUGGGUUCGAGACCCUGGGACUGUGGGUCCCUGUGCUGGCUGUCCUGCUGCUGGGAGUCUGCCAGGCACAUCCCAUCCCUGACUCCAGCCCCCUCCUCCAAUUCGGGGGCCAAGUCCGGCAGCGGCAUCUCUACACAGACGACGCCCAGGAGACAGAAGCCCACCUGGAGAUCAGGGCGGAUGGCACAGUGACAGGGGCUGCCCACCGGAGCCCUGAAAGUCUCUUAGAGCUGAAAGCCUUGAAGCCAGGAGUUAUUCAAAUCCUGGGAGUCAUGACAUCCAGAUUUCUGUGCCAGAGGCCAGAUGGGACACUGUACGGAUCGCUCCAUUUUGAUCCUGAGGCCUGCAGCUUCCGGGAACUGCUUCUUGAGGAUGGAUACAACGUUUACCAGUCAGAGGCCCAUGACCUCCCACUGCGCAUGCCCCAUCACAACUCCCCAUCCCGGGACCUGGCCCCCAGGGGACCAGCCCGCUUCCUGCCACUGCUGGGCCUGCCCCCAGUACCUCUGGAGCCACCAGGGAUCCUGGCCCCAGAGCCCCCCGAUGUGGGUUCCUCGGACCCUCUGAGCAUGGUGGGGCCUUCACAUGGCCAAAGCCCCAGCUAUGCUUCCUGA